AUGUAUAAGGUAGAUCUUUCAUCAGACCCCAAGGAGUUGGAAGCCAUUGAGGCUAGAAAAAAUCAAGAAGAGGAACGAAAGAAUCGAUUCUUCAAUGUGCGGAACCGAGUCAUAGGGGUGGAUGUUGAAGCACUAAAUAGCCAGGUUGCAGAGCAAAAGCUUCGAGAGGCAACAGAGCGGAACAGGGAUGCCGUUUAUGGGACCAACCAGGCGCAGUAUGAUCUAGUAGUUCAAAUGCUAGAGAAGGAAGAGGCAGAAAGGACACGUCGGUUGGCCAAAAAAAUGCAGGAGUUUCGGGAGCAGAAGCAGCAGCUCAAGAAAAGACAUGAAUUUGGCCUCUGGGAUCCAAACGGACUUCAGGAGUUUUCAGCCCAACCUGGUAACACUGACCCCCACUGUGGCCCAGCCAGCCUCCAGUACUUCUCUGGGGAAGAUCAAGACAGGACUACAUUCUUGAGAAUGCAGCAGGACCAGUACAGGUACAACCUGGAGAGGCAGCUGCAGGAGCAACAACAAGCCAGACUUGACGAGCAGUAUUCAGAUACGCUUAAUGACCAGCUGUGUCUAGGCAUGGAUAUGCAGGCCAUUCACCUGGCCAAAAUGGAGGAGUCCUAUCGAAUGGCCAUGAUGUCUUCUGUAGCCAGUGUCAACAAAGCACAGGUAGCUCAGCUGGCUGAGUGGCAGUAUCAUGAGUAUCAGCAGAGAGAGGCAGCCAACCUUAUGGAUAUUCAAAGCCACAUUACAAGUGACCUGCUGACCGAGAACCCUCAAGUCGCCCAAAACCGUCUUGCUCCCCACCGGGUCCUGCCCUAUUGCUGGAAGGGCAUGACUCCAGAGCAGCGAGCUGCCAUCAGAAAAGUCCAAGAGGAGCAGUACUAUGCAAAGGAAGCACAGCGCCAGGCUGAAAAAAAACUGGAUGCUGAAUGGGAAAGCCAGACCAUGCUCUGGACCCAAGCAGCGCUGGAGCUGGAGCAGCAGGAGAGGGAACUGGGUGCUGAAUUUCGAAGGGGACUGGGUUCCUUCAAUCAGCAGCUAGCUAACGAGCAAAAAGCACACCAGAAUUACCUGAAUUCAAUAAUCUACACCAAUCAACCUACAGCCCAAUAUCACCUACAAUUCAACACCAGCAGUCGCUGA